AUUAUGAGCAGCGGCAUUUUGAAGCAUAACGCUUCUUCCUACUGAAAAAUGAAGCUUGAGUGUGUUUCCAUUCCAGUAAUGUGUCUGGUGGUGUUUUUUCACCAAGGAGUCGGGGGUGAGGAUGUCCGGAGUGUUACAGGUUACACUAAAGAAUCGGUUGUCUUGCCAUCAGGUGCUGACUCCUCAUGGACUCUUAAGAGAAUUCGUUGGUCUAUCUAUGAGAAUGUAACAUAUAUUGCAGUAUUUCAAAACGGUAAAGAGAGUGUUGACCGUUCUCCCUUAUUCACCAAACGCCUUGAACUGAAUAAGACUUCAGGGGAUUUAACUAUUAAAAAUGUAUCAUCCAGAGAUGCUUUGAGAUACAGUGUGGAACUACUAGGCCAAAACAACGAAAGGAAAACCAGCUAUGUUCAGCUUUCUGUUGAGGAACAACUAGGUAAACCAAGUAUACGUCUGCUGCACAACAUUCUGGAUGCAGAGAAGUGUGUGAUCUCGCUUGAAUGUCAGAGAACAUCAGAGAAUGGACAAAUUUCUUUUUCUUGGAAAGCGGAGAAUUUCAAUGACACUCCCUUUUGGGACUCUCCUGCAGAGUCUGGCAAAUCAGUGCUUUGGACAACUGUCAAACGCAACCGGACAGUAACCUUCUCCUGCAUCGCUGCUGCUGGCAAUCGCAGCCAAUCAUGCAGCAAGAAUGUGACGUGUAAAGAAGCACCCGGAAACAGCACUCAGCCUGAAGACUCAAAAAUAUGCUGUAAAAGGUCGGAUGAAAAAGUCGUUGUAGGAUUCUGUGCACUGGUUUUUGGAGUCGCCCUUGGAUUCUUGCUGAGCUUGGGUUUCCGAUACAAAUACAAAGGGAGAGACAAGAAAACUGAUGACAUUCUGUUGGAAACAAACCCACCUGAAGCCUCAGAGCAGCUGAUAAGCCCGCCUGAUCAUGCUGGUGAACCAACUAGCCAUGGAGAGGCCAGGACUCCAGAGGCAACAGGCAACUGCUUCCACUAUCAAGAGGAUCUCCUGGAAAAGAAACACCUGAUGUGGGAACUACAGGGAAAGAGAGGAUAGAUUAGCACCAUGCUGAAAGGGCUCAAAGCCAUGCGUCCACUGACAAAAUCUUUUGAGGCACGCACUCCAGACCAGGCUGGAACCAUCUCCCACCCUCCCUGCCCCACUGAGAACUUUGUUCUCCCUCUGCUAUCAAUCUAUGACAACUGUACGAAAAGAAAUAUUACCAGUAUUACUGUAUGUUUUAAUCUUAUUGUCAAAAACUUUUUUUCUGGCAAUAACAGAACAAGUAGAAAACUAGAGAUGCAUUUCUGAAAGAAAAUGCAACUGUGAUUGCGCCAUAGCAGGAGUUGGACAUUGCAUACCGCAACCUAUGCAGUUAUGUGGAUACUAACACUUCAUCCUACAAAAGUAUUGACUUUCCUACCAUUUGUUGGAUAAGUGUGAGAUGUAUAAAUAGGGGUCUGUUUAAUUUUCAAGCAUUCCAGUUAAGUUCAAGUUUAGCAAUAAUUUAUUUUUAGUUUUAGUUUAUUAUUUUCCAGUGUUUCAUAUGUUUUACUCUUUAUGUUUACUUUAGCUCUGUUUGCCUGUAAAUGUGGUGUAGAGUGUAGUUGCGAAUGUUAGUCAGCAGGUGGUAAUAAUGCCACUGUUUCUGAUUGUUGCUCAGACUGUAGUAAACUUGUUUAAUACCAUAAGAA